AUGGUUUCCGCAAAGAAGCACGUUCCCAUCAUCAAGAAGCACCCCAAGAAGUGGCACCGACAUCAGUCCGACACAUUCAAGUGUGUGCCUUCAGCAUGGAGAAAACCAAAGGGUAUCGACAACCGAGUUCGAAGACGGUUUAAGGGCCAGAUGGUCAUGCCAUCGAUUGGUUAUGGCUCGAACAAGAAGACCCGACACAUGAUGCCCUCAGGCCACAAGGCUUUCCUCGUUCACAACCCCCGAGACGUCGACCUCCUUCUCAUGCACAACCGAACCUAUGCCGCCGAGAUUGCAUCUGCCGUUUCCUCGAGAAAGCGUGUUGAGAUUGUCGCCAAGGCGAAGGCGUUGGGUGUCAAGGUCACCAACCCCAAGGCCAAGCUCACGACCGAGUCAUAA